UUGGCGGUUAGUAGCGGGCAGUUUGCCGAACGACGCGGUUCCAAAUUCGACUGUUCACUAAAGGUGCUUGUUGACAGUGAUUGUAACGAAAACUUUUGAAAAAUGCUGCGUUAUAGUCUGCUUAUGGUGGCGAUGGUGAUACUAUCCGCAUCAAACACCUGUGGAUACAUCGUGAAGGAUGGAAAUUGUUCUGUGGUGUCUAGCAGCAUGCCGGUGGUGACCAAUUUCGAGAUUGAAAAGUACCUUGGAAAGUGGUAUGAAAUCGAGCGGUACGAACAAGACUUCCAACGAAAUCUGGAAUGUGUGACGGCGGAGUACACCCAAAGCAAAUUGGACGAAUCUUUGGACGUCAAAAGCAAAGGAUUUCUAGCGUCAAAGGAUGCUUAUGCCUCAUUUGCAGGAAUCGCGGUUAUGUCCGACCCAUUAUCCAAUCCUGCCGUGGGGAAACUGAACGUCACCUAUGGAAUCAAAGCCAACGGGAUCUCCAACUAUUGGAUUGUGGACACCGAUUACGAAAAGUAUGCCGUAGUCUACUCGUGCACUCCAAUAGAAGAUUCUGAAUCAGUUAUAGAGGGAUACUGGCUGCUCUCUAGAACGCCUGCACUCACUGACGAGCCCCAGAUUAUGGACAAACUUCAAUAUCUACAGUCGAAUUACUUUGUUCCAUCGCACGUUAGGCCCACCAAUCAAAGCGAGUCAUUAUGCCGGAAAGAACCCGAAAUACCACCCGUUCCAGUAGUGGACGUUCUACCACCUUUACCAUGAAACUUGGGUUUGUCACAAUCCUAUUUUAACUGGGACGCCUGAAAUCCUCCGCCUAAUGCGAUAUCUUCUGGUCCAAAGUUACCUGAUCUAACCGUUAAAUACUCUCACUUUCAACCGCAAGAGUGUGAAUCUCCAUUAAUACUCUUUCCUCUUCGACAUCCGUCCACACAAAAAUAGCUCUCUGCAAGAGACGAUAAGUUAAUGUUAUGUAAAUAAAUACAACUGAUUAAAAACUGUAGAAACAAACAGAGACCGGCAAGCUUGCAAGUAGCGAGCGAGUUCAACCGGUCGUAUGUGCGCGAUUGGCAUUUUAGUAUCAUUCCGAACAUGACCGACUCUGGUGCUGCUGGUCGUCGUCAUCAUCGUCAUAGACUCUGGAGAGCUGAUUGGCUAUCUCGUUUUGUCGUCAGCAGCACGCCUACCUUCGCGAAGGAAUUUUUGUGAUCUGGUUGGUGGUCAACGCGAUCGGUCAGUCAGUCAGUGGGAGUAAAGAUGAGCGUGUUGAUGACACUACUGUCGGCUACGCUACUGUUGAUGACCUCAACGGGGAUCGUAUGCCAGCGAAUUGUUCAACAGCCCUGCCCUGACCCGGAGACGCGACCGAUUGUGAAAAACUUCGAUCUGGAGAGGUAUAUAUCCGGUAGGUGGUACGAAAUUCUACGAUACGAUCAGUAUUUCGAAAAAGAUUGUGACUGUGGUUACGCCACAUAUACUAUCAAACGGCUAAACACUCUCAAGGUGGAAAAUUGCUGCGAACGAUUGCCCAACACCAGCAUCCAUUGCUCCAUAGGAAAAGCAGUUGUUAGCUUUCCGAACGCUGUCCCUCUGGAAGCCAAACUAAAUGUAACGUUUGGAGGCCCACCAAACAAUUCCAACUAUUGGAUCAUGGAUACGGACUACGACAACUAUGCCAUCAUCUACUCGUGCAAGAAUCUAUCGGACAACAAAUCAGCUGAAGCCGCAUGGGUGCUGUCCAAGCAGCGAACCAUCAAAGCAGAUGUUCGCUCCAAAGUCGAUCAGCUUGUAGAUCAAUAUCUGGUUCGGGCUGAUAUGCGAGUGACGGAGCAAAGCCAAUCAAUAUGCAAAUACGAAGAGAUGCCGGCCAAAAACUAGUCUUAAUUGAUCCGCAAAACUUUGCAUCGUAGUAGAAAGUUCCUACCGCAACUCAUCAUCAUCAGAAGCCCUGUCAGCAUCACCGCCACUACCCUAAAGCACAGUGAACAGAACAGAAUUUCCCGAGAAAAACAUCCAAUCCUGCAGGCGAUUUUCUUCAACCAAAGUUGGAGGUGAUUAUUUCCAGGGACCAAAGACUGCACAAGAUGCACCCGACAUGGCCAAACCGGAAGCCGGUGUGGAACAGAAAACAGGAACUCAUCCGCUUCAAUUUGCCAUGUCGGACAAAAACGGAACCGCAAAACUUUCGAUCAAAUUUCAUUUAAUCUGCACGAGAGGAAGAAACCCCGGUUUUACAACACAGCUAAUGAAUGGAAGGCACUAGAAAUGGAGAGUUGUUGAAAUUUGCAAUUUCGGGGCGCAAAGUUUUGUUCGAUGACAGAGCUUUUAGAUGUAGUUUUUCUUAUAUUAUUUCAGUUUAUUUAGGUUAAUUAUACUGAACGAUAACAAAUCGAUGUUGUUUGAAAAUUUUGCUUUGAUAAUAAGAAUUCGAUAGGUUUUUGUUAAAAGAUUAACAAACUGAUUAACAUGAUCUGGUGAAAUAAACAUUUGUUUGCAUAAUAAAA